GGCACAUGAUGUGCAGCGCAUGAACAUCCUGGCGCGAAGGUCAGCAGCCACUUCAGGGCAUUUAAAAGCUCACAACAAAGGAACAGAAGCAAAGAGGGAGAGUAAAGAAAAUGAAAAAGAAAGGCGAAGAGAAAGCGAGGGAGAGUAAAGAGAGAGAAAGAGAGGAAGAGCGCGCGCACCGCGUUAUUGCCUCGAGCACCAAAAUCAGAGCUCGAGAGGCGCAGCACGCUUCACACCUGCGCGUGAAACACGAUACUCCUCACCGGGAGGGAACACACUGGCCAGAGAUUUCCCACAAAUUAACAACUGGAGAGAUUAGUUCGGUCAUUGUUACCGCACACGUCGCGUUCACGGCUAGAUGAUGCUGAGAGAAACGCCAGAGCCGCGCCACCACCGGAACGACACACGUUAAGCUGAAUGUGUGAUGGGCAAGUGAGAAGGAAUUCAAGCUGUUGCUCACGAGCGGUGGGAAGGCAGAGAGCCAAUGAGAAAAUGCUCCGGCAAACACACAGUGCCUCACAGUGACUGGAUCGCCGUACAGAGCACACAUUGAGCUGUGUGUGGGACCUCACUCAGUUACCUAACCUUGGACAAACACUGUAGACUACCAACUCUUUUCUGACCGUCAGCCGCCUUCUGUGAUGCUCUUUUCUACAUAAUUCUCAGGAUGGCUGAGGCUGAACUUCAUAAGGAGAGGCUCCAAGCUCUUGCAGAGAAAAGAAAACUGCAAGCCAAAAUUCAAGAGAUGAGAAGACAAAUGGAGGAUCUCAUAUUACAAUUACAGCACCUCAAGUCCAAAGCAGUGCGGGAACAAUGGCUCCUUCAAGGGACCUCGGCAGUAACGCUUGAAAACUCAGAAGAGCGCAAAAGAGAGGCAGAUCAGGAUGAACUGAAGGUUAAGAAACUGGAGGACACCAUUCACAGAUUAGAAAGGAAGGUUGAACUGCUGGAAAAUGAAGAAUGUGAGAUUUCUGCGAAAGAACAGAUGCUCAGGGAAAGGCUUCAAGAGAUGGAGAAGUCAGCUGAGUAUGUGCAAAAAAGCCUUCACAAGGAGGAUGGAGGUCAAGGGUUCACAUCUUCAGACGUGAUGCUUGCAGGCAAUGGAUUGUGGAUCGGAAUGUCAUCACAGACCGCUGAUGUAGAGCUGAAAUAUUCCAACAUCUCAGCAGAUGCCACUGAGAGCACUCCAAAGAAUGUCACAAGCCUUGGGAUGCCAGGAAAUGAAGGCCAUAUGGACUUGGAGGCUCCUUCUCCUGUGAUACAGUCUAACAACCAAGAAAACUUGCAUCAUACAAGUGAUGUUAGAAUAAUGAAAAACGGAAAUGAAACCUUAGACAGUGAAGUUGCAGAAGAAAUUCUUUACCUUGAUGAGGUCCUUGAAGCCAAUUACUCUGAUCCUUUGAAUGACGGAGGUUUUGGUAUGCAGAUACCACAUAAUGGUAAGAUUUUUGUGGAGGAAAAGCAGCAGUCCACUUUUAUAAUAAAUGAAGGUACUGGAAAAUGCAGUGAUUAUUCAGGUAUAGUAGAGGAGAAUUACAGCAGACUUCCUGAGGACCUCUCUGAAACUAUCAAGAAAGAGCCUCACUUUGAACUUCGGGCUUACCAAGAAGAAAAAAAGCCAUCUAAGCUCUUUGACUGCUUGUCAGAUAAAGAGCUAAUUCGAGUGAAGAAGGUAAGAUCUAGUGAUGAAAUUGCAGAAUUGGAGAGGGAACGACAAGAGCUGAUUAAAGGGCAGGCAGUUAAGAAAAAUCCAGGAAUUGCUGUAAAAUGGUGGAACCCUCCACAGCAGAAGACAUUGGAAGAGGAACUGGGCCAAGACCAGCUUGAGUCACACAGGAGGUAUGAAGAAAGGAAACAAAAGAAGAAGGAAGCUUCAAAUAUGCCUCAGACAUUGCUCAAGAACACUGCAUUUUCAGUUAUGGAGCCAAAAAUGAAGAAAGCUGAUAUUGUUGUAGAUAACAUAGACUUCUCAGCUGCUCGCAACCAGUUCCUUCAGAGACCUGACACCGGACAGUCUCUUAGUUUGGCUGCUGAGCUUUAUUCUGCCAAACCCAGCGCCGUAGAUAUCACAAAUGCCGAGAGGCCAGACAAAACCAAUGAAGUUAACAGCUCUACUAUGAAAGACACUCAUGAUACAACUACAAUCAAAACUGAGAAGGUGUUUUUUGGUUUAGAAGGUUCUCCCACAGAACAAGCUGGGAACAAUAGUUCAGAGAAAGAACAUGAGAAUAACAUGGAUGAAUGGAUGGAUGAUGAGGGCUUUACUUGUGUUCGAGCUGUGAUGACUAUUAUCAAAGAUGAAGAUUCGAGUGCCUCCUCAAGCUGCCCUUCUCACAUAAAGGAACUUGUUUCUGGGCUGGACGAUCAUUAUCUCCAGUGUCAGGGCACCACUAUGGAGGCAACCCCAUCAAACAACAUUUGCAUGGACAAUAUGAGUGACAAUGAGAAAAUGGCUGUCUUACUGGAGACCUCUGUAUCAGAUUAUUCAGUGUCUCCUACCCCACAAAUCAUCAAGAGUAAAGUAUCUCUAGUGCCACAAACUGAGAACUUCUUAUAUACAACCAAUCGUAUCCCAGUACUAACAGAAGAACAACUUGAGUACUAUGCAAGCAUUUUAGUACAGAAUGCCAUCAAAGAAGCAACUACACAGCUGAGUGUCCCCUGGGAAUUAUUACAGCUCCCAGAGCAGUCUGUUGCUUACACUCAAAAACCUGUUGAAGCUGAAAAACUAAAGAGUAAACAUGAACCUUGGCUGAUAAAUUCCUCUGAACAGGAAAUUCAGAAAACCGUGAUGUCUCCUGUAGGUCAAGAGGAUACACAGUCCUACAGCUUCUUUCAGCCUCUACAACAGUGUCCAACAUUCAGUGAAAAACAGGAGUUUAGCUAUUUCAGUAAGUAUUCUCAAGCAGCAGAACUCAGGAGCACAGCUUCAGUGGCACGACCCCAAGAGACAGGCAUGGGUUCAGGGCCAUUCAAACUGCGAUCACACAAGCAAAGAACCCUUACCAUGAUUGAAGAAGAAAUCCGAGCGACUCAGGAACGUGAAGAGGAGCUAAAGAGGCAGAGAAAGAUGAUGACCUUUAACUCAAGUGAAAAGUACAAGAACAACAGUAUACCCAAGAAUCCUUUUCUCACAUCCAAAACAACAUGCGGCAAAACUGAUAUGAUUCAUGUUUCUACUCCACCACCAUCAUCUUCAGAGGACCAAAUGCACCGCACUUUUUCAGAUUUGUCCAGUGAAGAGUCAGGAGGUAGCCAGCAUCCUAAGAACUUAAUGCAAACUCUUAUGGAAGACUAUGAACUCAACAAAACAAAGCGUUCAGAAAAAAUAGAAGAGACCAAAGUAAGUACCCAGGUGAUAGAGGCAACAAGAAUGACACGUCGAAAAAGCAACAUGGCACUACGCUGGGAGGCAGGACUCUAUGGAAGUCAAGAUGAAGUCGGGGAAGAACAGUAGGACACUAUUGUCACUGUUUCCCAGUCUCAUUCAAACAGUACCUUGUGUGCAAUUCAAUAAAAUUUGAUCCACGGGACAUAAGUACUCAGCUGUUGAACCCAUACCACAUUGAAGAUACAGGCCUUCUCGCAACUGCAAAUAAAAUGUAUUUUUGUAAUUAGGUAUUCAUUUUUUUAUCUUUCCAUACUUGCCCAAGAAAAGCAUUAGUUAUUUGAGCUACGCGGAACAGGACAGAGACAUUUUACAUUAUACUUUCUGAAUAUCGCAUUUUUCAUUAGUACCAUGUAAUUUAUUUCUCUGUUUCAUGAAGAGAAGAAACACAAAUGUAGAUUAAAAUUUCACCAAAAUGGCUUAAGUAUGCAUUUGAUUUUAGGGAAUUGCUGCACUUUUUCAGUGCUACGUGUGUUGUAUUCAUUUUUUUUUUUGCUUUUGGUUAAAGGUUAGGUAUUAGUUUUAAGGACAAUGCCUGGUUAAUGUGCUGAAAUUAAGGUGUUUAAAGAAGUAAAAUAUUGAGGACAUUGAUCAAGCCGUCAUUCAGAGGCAAUGCUAGUUACUUCAAGUUUCCCAAAUAAAGUGAUGAAUAUUGCAAUAUUCACAUGAGAAAAGACAAAACAGCACACCUUCUUAACACUGUGUGGAAGUAAUAUAUAAGCUUUUAAAAUUUCAUCUUUCAGGGUAGCCUUGUUGUGAAGAAAUUAAAUGAAACAAUGUAUGGAACACUAUAAAUACAGCUUUCAGUGUUAUUUUAUCUAUGUUACAAAGCAAAUUUAAAGUAUCUAAAGAAAUUUAUAAAUGCCGAACCAAGUCAUGCGCUGUCUACUAAAUGACUAUCACUAUUACACAGUAAACUCAUUUAGUAUAUAACAUAUAGCAUGUAAUGAAAAUCAGAUGUACACAAAACAAUUGCCAUAAUUGCCAACAGUGAUAUACAAAUGAAUUGUUACUUUACUUCAUUUACAUUACUUCAGUUAGAAGUAAUAUUUUAGCAAUAAUUUAGAUAUUCCUAAAUUUGGAUAUCAGAUUAAAACUGGGAUUUUGGAAUUUACAGAACCAAGCUCGAACAAAGUCUAACUUUGAGUACUUUGAGUUUGAGUACAUGUGUAAAGCUGAUACUUUUAAAAGUGUCUCAAGAGUCUUUCCCCAAAAUAAUUUAAAUGUAUUUAAAUAUAGUUCUGGAGAUUUUUGUAUGAUUUAACGGCCAGACAAGACCAAGAAUAGCUGAAUAACUGUAAGAUGUGAAAGGAGAAUUUUCAUGCCGUUAUGAUUGCCCUCACUCUGAAUUAUGCAUAUCACUGUCUUUAAUAUCAAUCUUUUAUGUCAGUGUCACACACUACUCCAGUGUUCAGAAUAGUAUUACGGCAUAGUUUAGUUGUACUGCUGUUUUCUGGCUUUGUUUAAUCCUUAUUUUAUUUUUGUCUUAUGUAAUUUUUUUUUCCAA